AUGCGCACAGUAUUCCUCCUUUUACCACUGCUAAUCUCCCUAGUCUCCAGCAGUGUCAUUGGCAUCGACCUAGGCUCAGAAUUUUUCAAAGUACUCCCUAUAUAGAUUUCAUUAAUUCGGCCAGGCAAAAAGCUAGUAAUUGUGGAAAAUGAGCACUCCAAGCGAGCUACCAACACAAUGCUUGCAUUUACAGAGCAAGGAAGAGUCUUUGGUGAAAACGCUUACAAAGAGCAAUCCAAAAAGCCUCAAAAUUCUAUUGCAUACUCCCAUCUCCUGCUAGGGAUUUCUUUUAAUGAUGAAGAAUCCAAGUCAUAUUUCCUCAAAAGUUUUCAGCCAAUUGAGUUAAUCCAAGACGAAAACAGGACAAGUAUCAGUUUUAAGCUUGCAGACCAAGAAUUAUCAAAUGAAGAAGCAAUGACAAUGAUUUUAGAAUUCGCAAGAAAAAUGUCUGAAAAGUUCAGCGAAGGAAGCAUUAAAGAUUGUGCUAUAACAAUCCCUAGCUAUUGGACUCGAGCUCAAAGGCUUUAUUUAAUAUACGCCGCACAAGCAGCAGGGUUAAAUGUCUUAAGCUUAAUCCACGAAAAUACAGCAGCCGCUUUUUACUAUGCAAUUGAUAGGCUUGACAACGAAACUCAACACCAUGCUUUAUUUUAUAACCUCGGCUCCUCGUCUUUACAAGUUACCAUUGCAAAAUACUUCUACACAAACCAAACUGCCUCAAAAAAGCCGAAACAAAUAGAAACAGUCGAAAUCUUGUCCCAUACCUCUGACAAAUAUCUUGGUGGGAGUCUUUUUGACUCAGUACUUGCUGACUAUUUAGCUGGGGAAUUUGAGAAACACUCAGUUUUAAAAGUAAAAGACUCCAAAAAAGCUAUGAUGAAGCUUUUCCAACAGUCCCAAAGUGUGAAAAAAGUAUUAAGUGCUAGUAAAUCCUCCCCUGUGAUUAUCAAUAAUUUAAUUGCUGGGGUCGAUUUUAAGACAACUAUUGCAAGAGAAACUUUUGAAAAUCUCAUUGAGCCUUAUAUGGAGAGACUUAUCGCCCCUGUUGCUAAAGCUUUAGAAAUUGCUGGGCUUUCUAUAGAAGAAAUUAACAGUUUUGAGCUUAUUGGAGGGGUAACAAGAGUACCAAAAGUCCAAGAAAUUCUGAAAGAAAAAUUACAGGUAAACCUUGGGGCUCAUUUAAAUGGAGAUGAAGCUAUGGCGCAUGGGGCUGCGAUUUUUGCAGCUAAUAUUAGUGCUGUUAUACAGGUAAAGCCACUGUGGCUGACUGAUAUUAAUAUGUAUAAUGUCUGGGCGAAAUUUUAUUCGACUUAUGAUAUGGAUUUUUAUAAAGAGUCAGUCAUUUUUAAGGAAGGGGCUAAGCUGAAUACUGUGAAAAAGGUGGGGUUUAACCAUAGCCAUGAUGUCAGGGUUGAGAUUUUUAUUGAUUAUGGAAAAGGGUAUAACCAGGUAUUGACUUAUUAUGUAUCUGGGGUUGAUGAAGUAGCCAAAAAAACAAGCGAGGAACCUUAUAUUCUGUUUGUGUUUAAUUUGGAUUAUAGCGGGUUACCUUAUUUAAAGAGAGUUCAGGCACAGUACGAAGAAGAAGUUGUGGUGGAAGAAAAGCCAGUUAACUCCUCCUUUAAUAUUUCUAUUAAAAAUUUUAUAGGUGAAAAUACAAUUUUUAUUAUUUAUAAGCUUGGCCUAAUUUAAUUGAGAAAAUUCAAGGAUGUUAUUUAAACAGUUAUAGCAAUGAGCCAAUUAAUUUUUGAAAUAAUUCUUUAUAAAAAUCAUUUAAUUCAAUAAUUUAUAUUUGUUAUUUUUUAAAUUUGAUGGAAAAUAUUAUAUUAAUGUAUUUUUCAAAAAAUCAAUCCAAUUAAAAAAUUUUGGUUUCAAUUUAAAGGCGGGAUAAGAAAGAUAAGAAAAAAGAAGCUAAAGUUAAACAAGAGGAAAAAGAAGAAAAAGACGAAGAGACGAAUGAAAAUAAUAGUGAAGAGAAAACAAAAGAGGAUGGAGAAGAGCAGAAUGACUCAGAAGAAAACACUAGUGAAAAUAAUGAAGAAAACAAAGAUCCUGAAGAUUCAAGCGAAAAUAAAGAAAGCUUAGAAGACUCUAGUAAAGAAGAAGCUUCCCAAACAGAAGAAUCUGCAGACUCUAAGCCUAAAAAAACCAAAAUUGAAACCCGCAAAGUCAAACUCGAUGCCAAAGAAGUCGAACACGAGCUUCCAACCCCUCUCACCCAAGCCCAAAUCCGAGAACUCAAAAGCAAGCUGGACUCUUUCAAAACCAAAGAAGAAGAGGCCAAAAAGCUCGCAGAAGUCAAAAACGACCUUGAAUCCUACAUUUACUACCUCCAAGACAAAAUUGAAGAAGAAUAUUUCACAAAAGUAACCACAGACGACGAACGAGAAGCCUAUUCAAAGCUAAUUUCAGAAACCAAAGAAUACCUAGAAAGUGACUCCUACGCUGAAGCCAAAGUUACUGAAAUAAAAUCAAAAAAAAGAAUUAUUGAAAAAAAUAUUUCUGAUGCCUUAGAAAGGGAAAAAGAAGCAGAAAUCAGAGACCAAAUGGUCGAGGACGCUUUUGAGCAGCUUGGCAAAUUUUAUGAAAAAAUAAUAAACUCCCCCCCCCCCUCCGUGAGCGAACAAAAAAAUUUUGUUUCGCUCACGGAGGGGGGUUAAUUUUUUUUUUUUAAAAAAAAUUUAUAUAUAAAUUUUAUAAAAAAUAUUUUUUUCGAAAUUUAAAAAAAAUCCUAAUUUGCAAAAAUUGGGAAGCAAAUAUUAAUUUAAUUUGCAAAAUUUAUGUUUUAAAACGCAAUUUGUUUAAAAUUAAACAGAAUUAGCUCUAGAUUUCAUUUAUACUAAUUAUCACUUAUAUAUCAAAAUUUUUUUCCAUUAAAUUUUUUCUAUUAAAAAAAUUUUUGUUCACUCACGGAGGGUGGGUUUUUGGUCAAAAAAUGGCGAUUUUUCUAAUGGUUUUGUUCGCUCACGGAGGGGGGGGGGGGGGAGUAAGUAUUAAUACCACAAAGCCAUGGAUCCCACAAGAAGAUAUUGAAGCCGGGAUUAAAAGGUAUACGGAGGCUAAAGAAUGGCUAGAGGAGAAGGCUAAAGAACAAAAUGCCUUGAAGCCUUGGGAGCCACUUGCGUUUAAGACGUCAGAUAUAGAAAGCAAGCUGAGUUUGGUAGUAAAACAGAUUGAGAAGCUGAAAAGAAUGCAAAAGCCGAAACCAAAGGAUAUGCCAGAUUUCGCGAAUUUUAAAGAUUUUGAUUGGAAGAAGUUUAAGGAGGAAAGGGAUAAGGCAAAUAAGACUGAAGAAGGAAACAAGACUGAAGAAGGAAGCAAGACGGAAGAAGAGAGCAAGGCUGAGGAAGAAACAAAAACACAAAAAGAAGAAAAGACAGAAGAGGUUAAGCUAGAGCUGGGAGAUAACCAAGAAGAGCCAAGGAAGACUGAUCUUUAA